AUGUGGCCUUCGUCGGGUUUUCCCUGCCCGCCGCCUGUGCCUGUGCCGCUGCACGCUGGCCGUGGCUGCACUGGCGAGCAGAGGCCACGAUGGCCGUUGCAGGGGAUCGCCGGCCCCGCCUUCGCGCUGGCCCUAUCUGUGCGGCAUGCGCAGACCGGAAGGCGAUGGAGAUGUGCCAUGCGCAGCGGCGGUCUUCGCCAGCUUGGCGCGAAGAUUCGGCAGCGUCUCUUCAGCGGUGAGGGCCGGCUGAAGGAGCUGCCCGAUCUCAUGAAGACGCCGCAGAUGAUCUACGAGGAGAAGCUGCGGCCGCUGGAACAGGAGCUCCAGUUCGAGAACUUCUACGACACGGCGGAGCUGACCGGCGCCUAUUUCACCUCAAAGCCCAUGGUCCUGGUCCUCGGCCAGUACUCCACCGGGAAAAGUACGCUGAUCUCGCAGCUCCUCAAGGCGGAGUAUCCUGGCCUUCGAAUUGGACCUGAGCCCACAACCGACAAGUUCGUGGCUAUCAUGGGCGGCCCUUCGCGCCAGCAGCUGCCAGGCUUUGCGCUGUGCAGCAACCCCUCGCAGCCUUUCGGGCAGCUGCAGCGCUUUGGGAGCCGCUUUCUGGAACGCUUUGAGGGUGCUCUGAUGCCUGAGAACGAGGUGCCAGUCCUGAGCUGCUUGAGCUUCGUGGAUACCCCGGGCGUCCUCAGUGGAGACAAGCAGCGCGUGGGGCGCAGCUACGACUUCGAGGGUGUCAUGGGCUGGUUUGCAGAAAAUGCAGACCUGGUUAUCGUGCUCUUUGAUCCCAACAAGUUAGACAUCAGCGAUGAGUUCCGCCGCUGUCUCGAAGCCUUGGGCAAGAAGAGCGAGAGCAAGAUCCGUUUUGUGCUGAACAAGGCGGAGAAGUUGGAUCGAUUUGAGCUGGCCAGGGUCUACGGGGCCCUCAUGUGGUCCCUGUCCAAGGUGAUCAACAGCCCGGAGAUGCCACAUGUGUUCUUGAGCCCCGCCUCCGAUCAGCUGGACCUGUCCUCGGAGGCACUCACCUUCUUCCAAGCAGAGGGUGCAAGGCUGAGGCAAGAGCUGUUCCAGGUGCCUUUGGACAACACCACCCGGAAGGUGCACGACCUGUGGUCAACCCUGGCAUAA